CACGAGAAUCAUCAAUUGCGCCAACGACACCGUUCUAGCCAGGUGUAAUCAAGACUAAAUUGUUCCGUCCAGCUUUCGCCAUGUCGAAGCUAUUCAUUGGAGGCCUUGCGUGGCACACCGACGACCAGGCUCUCCGCCAGAAGUUCGAGGAGUUCGGCGCUGUCGAGGAAGCCGUCGUCGUCAAGGACCGCGACACCGGCCGCAGCAGGGGCUUCGGCUUCGUUCGUUUCGCCAGCGAUGAAGAGGCUUCCAUGGCCCAGAGCUCCAUGAACGACCAAGAGUUUGAUGGACGUAGGAUCCGCGUCGACAAGGCUUCCGAGCGUGGUGGCGGCGGAGGCGGCGGCGGAGGUCGCGGCGGCUACGGCGGAGGAGGAGGCGGCUACGGUGGUGGUGGCGGCCGAGGAUACAGCGGCGGCGGUGGCGGCUACGGCGGUCAGCAAGGAGGCUACGGCGGCGGCCAAGGUGGUUACGGUGGCGGCCAGUCUGGCGGCUCAUCUUGGGGACGUUCCCAGGGUGGCGGCGGCGGCGGUUACGGUGGCCAGAGCCAGGGCGGCUACGGCGGACAAGAGGGUGGUCAGGGUGGUGGCCAGCAGUACUAGACUCUCUUGACGAACCCUGUCCCACGACUCAUGAUCUCAUGCUUCAUCAGAUAACGGAACGUACGCAUUCGGUAGCGGGAGGGGGAGAUUUGCUGUGGUCUGCAUUUUGCCUUGGGCGGCAGUGGCCGUUGAGGCUUUUCUGACUCGACCGGACACUGGUAUUCCCAUAGGCUUUCCGGUUAUGCGUUGACCUACCUAAGGCAGUAGGGGUGGGUGGUACUGACGAGAUGAUUAUACCCAUGAAUCAGGAUGUGCUGCUACUCUGUACUAGUCUCGCGUUGCUUUACUCGACACUCUCUAUGGCUUUCUUUAGUUAUUGCGUAUCAAAAAGCUGUGUGCACUUACUUAUAUUGCCAUUGGUGCUCGGACUUAU